GCGAAUGUAUCCGUGAAUGUCUCCGUACUACGCAUAUAUCAUACCUAUCUUUCUAGCUGUUUUCCUACCAGUUUUUCUCGAAUAUGGCUAGCAUCUAUACACCCUCAUCGUUAGGUAAUAUUCUACGAUCACGGCUAUCACUAAUCCCACCCCAUCUACUUCGUCGAAAUUAGAGAAAUGGCAACAGAUUCCUUUGGUGAUACCAACCGCCAUUUUUGGAACAAAAAUGCAAAGAGUGCCUUCACCCAGGAAUGGGCCCUCGCGCUAUCGGAGCAACUGCGUGACUGUCUUCUAUCGAGCAUCGACUGGAUAGAUAUUCGUAAAUCGUCCAGCAAUGAGACGCCGGUCAAGAUAAUCGACUACGCCUGCGGCAACGGCUUAGUUUCGCGGACUCUCGUCGACUUCGCUGACGUUAUCCGUGGCGUUGAUGUCUCAGAUGCCAUGGUCGACCAGUACAACGAUCUGAGGCGCCAAUCUGGCAUUUCCCCUGAACGCAUGCACGCUGUCUGCGGCAAUUUCCUCGAUUCCGGCCACAACGAUGCCAUUGCAGGGCCCGACUUUUACGAGGCGGACGCCAUCAUCAUGUCCAUGGCCCUGCAUCAUUGCGGAGAUCCGCAAGCCAUGCUCUCCAAGAUGGUUGAUCGUCUGCGGAGUAACGGGGUGCUGGUGAUGCUUGAUUGGGCGGACUCUGCAUCAGGCCAUGCAGCAGGCGCAUCUUCGCAUGCACACGGCCAUGAUAUUAUGGGUAACUCUGAUGCCAGUCAUACCAUCAGCAAAUCCAGCUUUUCGGCCGGCGACAUGAAGCAGCUCUUUUCGGGCGCGGGUUGCAACCCGGACACCGUUGGCUUCCGUCCCUACAAAGAGACAAGCCAUAUUCCCGAGUCGGUCGCGAAAGUGAAGGGCGGUGUAGAUAUGACUUUCUUCAUUGCAAAAGCUAGGAAGCCGUAAACAUCCAGGGGGAAUAGGGGGAAAAUGGUGAGGCCAAAGGCUGAAAUGAAUGGCAGAUGUAGAUUUCUUACCCCUUUUAGUCUUUAGUUCGUAGUCAAGGGUACUGAGCUUACCUAGGGUUGGUAAUUAACCUAAAGUCUUCCCA